AUGGCUUCUGUUGAACCUCAAAACGAGAGAAACCACGUUAGGUUUUCGACAUUGCCUCAAUCAGAAACCGAAGUUAAUCAUCAUGAACAACAACCGUUAUCAAUCUCCAGAAACACAAGAAGAAUACCAACAAUUUCUGACAAUAAUUACUCAGAAGAAAUCUGCAGCAUUAGCCCUUAUACAUGCGACAAAAUCCAAAACCUUCUUGGUGUCACAAUGUUAAUGUUACUAAUAUUUUUACCUCUUUAUAGACGUUCAGGAACACCAAAACAAGACCCAAUCCCACCCAUUUUCAACCUCAAUUCAAUUUACAUUUCAAAUUUCACCAUAGGAACGAAAGGACUCGCCGCAACAUGGGACGCGAAAUUCACAAUCACAAACAUAAAUGUCUCGGCUAUCCACUUUCGCAGCAUUGAUUUCACAAUAUUCUACAAACAAAAUCCUGAAGAUGCUCUUUCCGUUGCUUCUUCGGACCCUUUUAAUUUGUUCCAAGGGGAGUUUAAAAAGCUGCAUUUGAAGUUCAUGACAAUGGAGACAGCUGAUUGGGAAGCUAAUCAACAGCAGCCAUUCGUGGAAAGUAAUUUGGUAGAAGAAAUAGGGAAAGAUAGAGCUAAAAAUAAUGGUACAUUGAGUUUUGGAAUUCAAAUGAAGGUUCAAGCUAGUUAUUAUGGUGAUUAUUUUGCUGAAACAUUGAUUUCUGAUGUUGUUAUGACACCUUAUUGUGAUGAUUUGGUGGUUCAUUUUUUUCCUCGUGAGAAUUCAGGAAGGUUGGUUACCCCUAAUAGGAAUUUCUUGGUUCCAAUUCACUGGAAGCCAGUGCCUUUCUCUUGA